AUGGAUUUGAAUUCAAAUGCAGAUUUUCCCUCUAACAUUUCAACAGAGUUGAUUCAAUUGAAAAGGGAGCAAGUAAGGAAUUCCCAGAGGAAAGAAGACAUCCAAAGUAAAUUGUUACAAAAAAGACAACAAUACAUCUAUUAAUAUGAAUAGUUGUAUCUAAAAUAAUAGGAACUCAGAAAAGAGGUGUGUUUGUAUUAUAUUUUAAGGAACUUGCCUUAGUAUUCAACAAAUCGGUUGAAUAAGUCAAUGAUCACUUUUAUUUGAAUGAAGUGACCGCCGCUCUGGAAAUCAUGGUCAAUUUGGAAUCCAAACUUGAGAAUCUCACAGAUGUCCCUGAACAAUUCUGUGUUAGCUCCUUUACAAAUGUUCUGAACCAAUUAGUGGCUCAAUUGUCAUCCAAUAAUCAAUUAGAGUUUUACCUUCUAACUUUAUCCUUUGAUUCCAUCAAUAUCUCCCUCUUUCCUUAGGAGCAAUCAGUUAUGAGUGAAUAUCACUCCAAAACUCUGGAACUAUUGAAAAAGGAGAGACACAGACACGCUCAACAUUUCCUUAUCAAACUAUAUUAAAAUAGUCCUUUGUGGUUUGAGGCAGUCCUGUUCUAAGAGUUCUUUUAACUCAAUAAGAAAUUAUUUGAACUUCUACUCAAACACAUUGAUAACUAAUCUGUUUGGGUCAUCCUGUCCUAAUUGAAAUUCGUUCCUUAUGACAACUUGAUAUUUUCAACCAUACUCAAAAACAUUUCAAAGAAAAAUGCCUUUCAACUCUUGAGAAAGACUCUGUGUCAGGAGGAGUACCAAUUAAAAUACAUCCAAGCUAAUAUCUUCUAUUUGUUUACUCAGGUAUUAUAAUAAACAGAUGAUAAACAAUACUUCUUAAAUGAAGUCAUAGAUUGCAUCCUUAGUCUUUGCUGUGUAUUUAUUAUCAUAUAUACCCUAAGCUUAAAUUUGAAUUGUUCGAAAAAGUCAUUACUUCUGGAUUGGCCCUUGUCAUAUCUGCUUAAUCGAUUAAGGAUUUCACUAAUGAAGUAAACAACAUUCUUUAUUCUAGGGAGUCUAAAAUUUACAAAGAAUUGUCUACUGGAUGUGCAGCAGUAAGAGUGAAUUACUGAAGAGAAACAUAAAAGAAGGAAUAUGGUUUUAGAAUAUUUUCUUAAUCUUAAUGCAAUAAUAAUUGAAUCAUGUAGUCUAAAUCAAUACAUUGGAUAUAUUGAAAUAAUAGUUUUAGUCAGAUUUAGGUUGUCAUUUCAAAGAGUUCUUCAGAACAACAUAUCAAGUUCCAGAUAACAUCCAGACAUUGAUCGAAAGAUACUUAUGAAUAAUUAAUAUAUAUUUUCU